ACAUAAAUAUAAUAAUUUUAAAGCUUACUAAAUAUUUUUCAUUCAAAGUUUAUUUUUAUUUCACUCUCUUCGGGUACCUUGCGAGGCGCAGUGUACGUGUUUAAUCCAAGUGUUGCUACAGCUUUGCAAUUUGCCAUGGAAAACAACACUUUACAAAAUGAAAUAAUAGUGCAAGAUGAAAACAACGGGGUGCUAACUUCAAUGCAUAAGGAGCUGGACUCGAUUAUUUUCUUUAACGAGAAUUGGUGCAUUUAUAAAGUUCCUGAAUUCAUCUUGAAGGGGCAUGAAUAUUUUUAUGAGCCUUUAGUGAUGUCAAUUGGUCCCGUAUUCUAUAAAAAUGAUCCAAAACUAGAACCCAUGCAAAAGAUUAAAUGGUUAUUCUUGAAGGGCUUCCUUCGAUAUCCCAAAAAUGGCUGUACAAGCGUGAAUCCUUACAUCAAUUUUGUAAGGGAGAAGGAAGUUGAAAUCCGCGGCAAUUAUCAACAACAAAUUAGACUCUCUAGCGACGAGUUUGUUGAAAUGAUAGUUCUUGAUGCUGCAUUCCUGAUCUACAUAAUCAUGUUAGGUAGCCAAGAUUAUUUUAAAGUGCCUCUAUUAUGGAAACAAUUGCCACCACAAUUUAACUAUAGUUGUUACGAUGUAAGUAGGUUGGAGAACCAAAUUCCAUAUUUUGUGCUCAAGGGAAUCUUUGAUAUAGCAUUUGGUCACAUCUACCUACCUACUACUCUUAUUCAUGCUACUCUUACCUUCAUAGGCGGUUCGCAUUUCGGUAUCCUGGGAUGUAAGGCUAUCAAGAGUAUUAUUGAAGGUAAUAAAAUUACAGAUGAAUCAGAUAUUGCACAUUUGUUGGAUCUCCAAUGGAUGUGUUGUCGCCUUUCUUUGAGCACACCAUUGCGCAACCAACCAAUUACAAAUCCAACAAUCGUUUCAAACACUGCUAAGCAACUAUAUGACGCAGGAGUCACAUUUGUGGCAGGUGAAAGUGAGAAUCCACUUGAUGUAACAUUUGCUAACGGGAAACUCACAAUUUCGAAAUUAAAUAUAUAUGAUAACAUAGAAUCUCAACUGCGGAACUUGGUUUGUUUUGAACAGUGCCAUUAUUACGAAGAUACUUACUUCAUUGACUAUAUUGUCUUCCUUGAUCAAUUGAUAGACACCGUGGAAGACGUGCAAGUGUUAGUUAAAAACAAUAUUAUUAGAAAUCAACUAGGAAGUGAUGAUGAUGUUGUAAAGCUUUUCAACAAUAUUGGCAAAAAUGUGAUUGCAUCAUGCAAGAAUUAUUACUACGAUGUCAGCGAAGAUCUGAAUCGCUACGCUUCAACCCGUAGGCAUAAAUGGAUGGCUAUUUUGAGGAGCAAAUACUUCAAUCAUCCAUGGACAAUUUUGUCAGUGAUCGCUGCAUUCAUGCUUUUUGUGCUUACUCUAUUACAGACUAUUGCAGCUUACAUCUACAAGUAGUCCAACUGCCAAUGCUGAAUGUUUUGAAGAUUGUUGCCGAUGUUGCCAUGUCAGCUACUGCAAUGAGAUCAGAGACUUGAAUCAUAUUCACGGUGUUGAGUUUUUUUUUUAUUUUUUUAUUUGUGUGUAUGUUUCUUUUUUUUUUUCAAGAUGCAACCUAGCUACUUUAUGUAAUUUGAUAUUAGAUCGUAAUUGUAACUUAUUAAUGUUGUAUUUUGUUGUUGGUAAUAAUCCAUUAAUGCAAUGUUAUAUGCCUUCAAUUCCGAGAUUAGUGACAUAAGAUAUUGUUUAUGUAAUUUUAUUAUACUAACAUGUUUAGACAUAUCAAGUUUGAUCAUUAAUACAUUAUUGGGAUUUUUUUAGCAAUAACAAUCUACUAUUGUUG